GGAAGGAAGGUGGUUUCAGGCGGGAUGCACGGGGUGCGCACGAGCCGGACUGGAUCAUGUCAGGAGGAUCUGAAGAGUGAGUUGCUGGCGUGGAUGAUAUCACCACCGCGUGUCACCAUCGAGGACGUCUGCAAGUACAUCAACGGGCCUCUGCUCCAAGACGACAAGGAGGAUCUUUCCAGGCUCCAUGCGUACCAGGUGAACCUUCCGGUUUCGAUGUCCACGACGCACUCGUGGAUGAUAAGGUUGGGCUGCAAGUACGAGCGGGCCACCAAGUCGUUCUACACGGACACCCACGAGAAGAAGGAGGUAGUCGAGUACCGCGGCGAGUACAUAGAGAAGAGACGCAAGAUGGCGCUGCGUCAACCCUUGUGGGUACGAGUGCAACGAGCCGCUCUCAAGCAGGAGGAGGUGGACCGACUCGACAGCCUUAAGUCGCGAGGCCCGGAAGGAGAUUUCUACGCAGAGGUGUACGACUGCAAGAUCGAUGGACAAGACUGCAUCGAAUUCCACGUAGAUCUCCUGCGCGACGACGGCUCCGUCGAUAACUUCGACAAGCUCCGCGCCGCACUUGAUGCGGCAAGAACGUGCACCAUNGAAGGAGAUUUCUACGCAGAGGUGUACGACUGCAAGAUCGAUGGACAAGAAUGCAUCAAAUUCCACGUAGAUCUCCUGGGCGACGACGGCUCCGUCGAUAACUUCGACAAGCUCCGCGCCGCACUUGGUCCAGAGGGUGGGGACUACAGCGUUCGCUUCGAUCAGGCCGCUGCUGCCCAGUGCGAGCAUUUCCACCCCCCGAACAAGUGCAGAUGCGGCAAGAAGGUGCACCACAUCGGGCAGGACGAGAGUGCCUACAAGGCGUAUGCACGCGAGGGCAAAGAGUGGGUGAUUCGAGGGGUGCGCGGACUGCGGAAAAAGACGGAGGGGCCGGGGGAAAUGGUGUCUGGUUUUCAGGACGAAAGACACGGUUUCGGCUUACCUAUUUCGGAUGCCGACCUGGCGGCGGUGAACGCCAAACGCGAUGAGGAGGGGAACGGCAAAAAACCCCUGACGCGAAGCCCUGGACUCCGGUUUCUUGAAUACGGAAAAGGCAAGGAUGGGUACUGGGGCUACGACCAGUUCGAAGAACAGGUCGAAGACGUGAUGGACGUCUUGGAGCACAUCGAUCCCGACAUGCAAAUAGUGUUCGAGGUCGACCACUCGUCGGGCCAUGGGAAGCAGCGAGAGGAUGGUUUGCAUGUAUCGAACAUGAACGUCAAGUAUGGGGGGAAGCAAAAGGUGUUGCGGGAUUCGGUCAUGACGGAGGAGUGCUUGGGUCCGGAGGAGGCGAAAAUGUAUUUCGCCAACGGCAGGUGGAGCACGAAGUUCAGCGAGGGGGCAGUGUGUGUUGACCAGAAGCUGACGGUGGGCCAGACUCAGACUAGCACUUUCGCGGUAGGUGCGCCUCCUCCGUUUUUCGAAUGGGACGCUCCGCGCAAAGACACGAAGAACGCGAGGGGAAGGUCAAGGAAGGGGGCGGGAGUCAGUGACGAUAUGCACGUGGAAAAGGUUCUGCACGCCUUGCCUGACUUUAAGAUUGAGAGGACAGCCCUGGAGCACCUGGUAGAGAGUAGGGGACACAUUCAUUUGUCNAAGUGUCACCCGGAGGUAGCGGGGGUAGGGAUCGAGUACUCGUGGGGGUUUUCCAAGCAGAAGUUUCGGCGGAAGAUCAAUGAUGAGGUCCCGAAGCACUUGCACGACAACAUCGAAAAGUCGCUGUGCAUAGACAAGUACUUGACAAUCGGUCGGGUGCGGCGCUUUGCCCGGCGAACACGAGACUACUGCCGGGCUUACCGCGAGAUUGCGCUGAGCGGGGUAGUCAUCAGGAGCAACGAGUUCAUCGAGAAGAUGCGCAAGAUCCAAAAGGCCCACCGCAAUAUUUUGGACAUGGAAACUAGUUUUCUUGGCGACCAGUAACAACGUCGGCCGGCCGAUGGCGAGGGGG